AUGGACAUGCAACAGCGCAACGACAAGCGACAAGACUACUCCAGCGAUGAGGAGCAAACGCUCUGCGGGCGCGAAGCAGCCAAAAAGAGCAUCAAGUAUUAUCUACAGAAUAGCUCGCUGCAUGGGCUCAAGUAUAUAGCGGAGGAGCGCAUUACCAUACCAGAGCGCGUCUUCUUUGGCAUUUCCUUUGUGCUGGUCGUCAUACUCUCUGGCUUCUUUAUAUCCAACAUAUACAUCAAAUGGAGCGCCUCGCCCAUUAUCAUAUCGACCAGCGCCAAGCAGCUGCUGACCAGCAAUAUGCCCUUUCCGGCCAUAACCAUUUGCAAUCUGAAUCAGGCGCUCAAGAGUCGCGUGCAGCGCAUUUCACGCUCCAGCAGCAACUACAGCCUGCUCAUGAGUCUGUGCAGUCAGGGCGAUGAUCAGACCAUCACCUAUGUGGGCACCUGGACAUAUUUCAAGGCUCUGCUGGUGGAGGUGGCGCAGCCCUGCGAUGAGAUGUUGCUCUACUGCAGCUUUGGCGCACGCAAGGAGAUUUGCUCGCUGGUGUUCAACUCCAUACUGACCGAUGAUGGUCUAUGCUGCACUUUCAAUGCGCUGGAUCCGAUGUUUGUGUUUCGCAAUUACACGGACGAUGUGCGGCUGGAGCCUGUGCAGGAGCAUUCGAUUUAUGAGGCCAUUGAUUGGACGCCGGAGCGCGGCUAUGCCAAGCAGCUGCCGGAGUUUUAUUAUCCGCGCACUUCGGGCGGCACUGGCAGUCGCAUGGGAUUGACAGUGGUGCUGAAUGCAUCCACAACGGAAUACUACUGCACCAAGUCCAUGGGCAAUGGCUUUAAGGUGCUUGUGCAUAAUCCUGCGGAGCUGCCCAAGGUGAGCAACUAUGGCUUUGUGGUUACCGCUGGACGUGAGGCGCGCAUACCCAUCGAGGCUGUCUAUGAGGAUGCCACGCCCAGCAUACGCUCCAUAAAGAAAUCGGUGCGCCGCUGUCUGUUCUCCGAUGAGAACGACUUGGUCUACUAUCGCACCUAUUCGCGCAAGAACUGCGAGCUGGAGUGCGAGGCGAAGCUGCUGCUGCGCGAUUGCAACUGCGUGCUCUACUACUUGCCCCGCAUAGAUCCGGCGGCGCGUGUGUGUGGACCCAACGACAACAACUGCACGAAUCGCGUGCAAACCGAAAUUGAAUCCUCCAAGACGAAUCUUUCAUGCGAAAACUGCUGGCCCGGCUGCUUUGAGCUCACCUUCAAGUCCACCUUGACCACGUCACAGAUUAUCACAGGUCCCAGCUAUCAGAGCAGCGAAGAAUUGCCCGAACAUUUGUUCAACAGCAGCACGGGCGAGAAUAGCGAACUUUCCAUUCUGCAUUUUUACUACUUGACCAACAAUUUUCGCAGCACUACCAAAUCCGAAAUGUUUGGCUUCACCGAGUUCUUGUCGAACACUGGCGGCCUCUUGGGACUCUUUAUGGGCUUUAGCAUAUUCUCGGUAAUUGAAAUUGUUUACUACGUCACAGUGCGCCCGUAUUGCGCUUCACGCACGCUGCGUUUACGCCGUAAACAGCGGCAGGCAGCGCUGCUUUGGCUAACGCCAGUGCGUCAGCCGCUGCGUCAGCGUCAGCGUCGACGCAAGCGUCAGCUGCAGCCGCCACCCUACAGUCAAUUGGCAAAGCCAAAGCCAACGCUCUGGCGAACGCUGCGUAUUAGCAAUGGCAGCGAUCCGCUUGUCUAUCCCUAUAUGGAAUAG